AAAACCGACUUGAUGGGGGAUUGCUUUUCAAAAUAUUCUGAAAAUGUACAGUACUGCAGUUCAUUUAUUCCACUGAAAUAACCAUAGAAAUAAAUUUUGGAAUGACUAUAGCUGAGACUCUCUGACCUUCACAAAAAGGGACUUUUCCCAAGCACUUUGCGUGGAAGGAGUACAAAAGAUGCCAUCUAUCACCAGAACUUCAGGUGAGAACGGGAAUGCCAACGAGGCGAAGAAGCGCUGCGCGGAGCCGGAGCCGCCGCUAGCCUCGCCGGGGAAAGGCGCGGAGGGGAGCGGCGUCGAGCCUCCCGCCGCCAUGGAAGGGCGCCCCGCCGAGGAGGAGGGGGAGGAGAACGGGGGCGGCGCGGGGGAGACGAGCGCCCCGCAGCGCCCCUCGCCGGCGCCUUGCGGCCCCAGCCCCUCGCCGGCCUUCAGCUCGCCCGCCGGCGCGGACAAAGGGCCGGAGUCCGACGCCGCCGACGCCUCCUCGUCCUCGUCCUCGGGCAGCGGCCGCGUGGUGCAGAGCCAGUGGGAGCUCAACGACGCCGCCUCCGAGUCGGAGGAGGAGGAGGAGAGCAGCGGCGGCAGCAGCAGCAGCAGCAGCAGCCAGGCGGCCCCGCCGGGCGCCGGCAGCCCCCCGCCGCCGCCGCCGGGCCCGUGCGCCGCGCAGGUGUCGGAGGAGCCGGACCUGGUGAUCGAGGCGUGCGGGCGGCGGCUGCGGGCCCACAAGGCGGUGCUGGCGGCGCAGAGCGACUUCUUCCGCGCGCGGGCCUCGCGGGACGUGCUGCGCGUGAAGGGGGUGAGCCACGGGGCGCUGCGCCUGCUGCUGGAGUUCGCGUACACGGCGCGCAUGGGCCGCCUGCGCCCCGACCAGCUGGCCGAGGUGGUGAGCGGCGCGCGCGUGCUGCAGAUGCCCGCCGCCCUGCACUGCGCCGCCGAGGCCGCGCGCGCCCAGCUGCGCCUCGACAACUGCCUGCCGCUGCUGGCGCUGGCCAAGGCGCAGCGGCUGCCCGAGCUGCGCGAGGCCGCCUACCGCUUCAUGAGCGACCGCUACCUGCAGGUGCUGCGCGAGCCCGCCGUCUACGGCCGCCUGAGCGGCGCCGAGCGGGACCUGAUCCUGCGGCGCCGCCUCGACGCCGGCCGGCCCUGCCUGCUGGCCGCCCAGGUGAGCGACGCCUUCGAGCGGCCCGGCGCGGGGAGCCGCCCGCAGAGCCGCGAGAGCAGCCGCCCGCAGAGCCCCUCCUCGUCCUCCGGGGCGUCGCUGGACGAGGGCGCCUGCCUGCUGUACAGCUACCAGGCGGCGGCCAAGGAGUGGCGGGUGCUGAGCCGCCUGCCCGAGGAGGCCAGCGCCAAGGGCUGCGCCAUGUGCGUCCUCUACAACUACCUGUUCCUGGCCGGGGGGCUCUGCGCGGCGCCCGGCGAGCAGCGGGCCCGCCUCUCGGCCAAGGUCUUCUGCUACAACCCCGCCACCGACACCUGGAGCCAGGUGAAGCCCAUGGGGCAGCCUCGCUCCCAGCUCAAGCUCCUGGCCCUGGACGGCUGCCUCUACGCCGUGGGGGGCGAGUGCCUCUUCACGGUGGAGAAGUACGACCCCCGGGCCGAUCGGUGGACCCCGGUGGCCCCCUUGCCCAAGGGCGCGUUUGCCGUGGCGCACGAGGCCACCACCUGCAGCGGGGAGAUCUACGUGUCGGGCGGGUCCCUCUUCUACCGCUUGCUGAAGUAUGACCCCAAGCGGGACGAAUGGCAGGAGUGCCCUUACAACAGCAGCCGCCGGCGCUCGGCCGACAUGGUGGCCUACAAAAACUUCAUCUACCGCUUCGAUGUCAGCGGCAGCCGUGGGGAGCAGGGGCAGGCUGGGGGGGUGGAAGUCUUCCGCUACAACACGGUGGCCAAGUGCUGGAGCCAGUGCGCGUCCUUGCGCCCCGGCGGCAGCCCGGUCCAGCCCUUUCGCUGCGCUGCCUUGGGCACCACCAUCUUCUGCGUCAACCGGACUGGCAUGCUGUGCUUCAACCUUUCCCAGAAUGGGGAGGUGGAAGCCGACGGUGGAUUGAAAGGCACCUUUGACACGGAACUGCUCAAGGCCCCGUUGGAUGCUAAAGGGGUCCUCCUCCCAUUUGUCCUUACCCUGCCAGAGAGAGAGAAAACAGUGGAAUCAGAGAGCCUGCUGGCAUUGUGAGAGGCGGCCCUUCCA